AUUCUGAGGUUUCGAGGCGGUAUCCUUAAAUGUGUCGUUACCUCAAGGAGAGUUUUUAAAUUAUGGAGAGAGACGAAAUUAUUUUGUGGCACCUUGAAGUAAUUUAAGUUGAAGAAAAAUCCAGAGAUGACAGACAACCAUUCAAUUUCAAGCAACCGACAUUCACCGAUUUUAGCUAAAAUAUAAAAGACGUACUCCUAAGGAGGUACGCUAUAUUCACGGGUGGCCAUGAUAAGGAAUUCCGCUCCCUUAUAAUUUUCCAAGAUCGCGGUCUAGAUGGAUUAGUUGAUGAUUCAUACCUUUUGCUUAUGCAGUAUUUUUCUUCAUUAUCAACCAGAAUGCUAACAUGUGUUCAAGAGUUUACUGUCGUUAUUGAUAGGCGUACUGGUAAUUGGACAGUUGUCAAGUCGAUUGUUGCCAGGCUAAAUGAAAAGUUCCCAGGAAACUUACAUCAAAUAUUUAUUAUCAAACCUCAAGGUUUUAUGCAAGGUUUUUUCUUGGAGAAAACAAUAAACUCAAUUCGUGAUGGCUGUAAAAUUCCGUUAAUUUUCGUCGACAAAACUGAAGAAUUGCUUCCUUUCAUAGAUCAACAACAUUUGACAAGUGACUUGGGUGGUGAACUUAAUUUCGACAUUGAUGAUUGGCUUACUAACAGGAUAGAUAUUGAAGAAUACUUUGAAGAAGUUGAACAUUUAUACACUGAAUUGAAAAACAUCAUGAAUCAGUGUAUUAAUCAAAACUAUGAUCAACGACAGGAUUAUUAUUGCAAUCCAAAAUCAAGAACUUGCCAUUUAAACCAAUUUUAUAGUUGUGAAAAUAUGCUCGAAUUACGUAAAAAAUGUCAUCAUUGGUUACAUCGUGUUUCACACUGUGAAGUUAAGGGUUUGAAAAUACGUGAAAAUUUACUUAGGAAAAAUUCAAAUCAGUCAUGUACAACUAUACGAGAAGAAGACACUACAAUAAAAUGUGAUAUACCAUCGAAAACGGGGACAUGGGCUAAUACAAGUGAUGCAUAUGACUUACCAGUCGAUUAUGUCUUUCAUAUAAUUACUUUUGAUCGUAUACUCAUUAGGUUAACUGAGGCUCGUACCGAAUUAAGACGGUACUGGCGUGAAUACAUGAAACGAGUACGUGUUACAUUUCUGGUUGAUGAUGUUGAAAACCAAUAUUACGAAUUUACUAAUCUUGCCAGUACAUGGAAUAAUCUUAUUGAAUCUCUAGUUGAUUAUUUACCUGUUAAAAUGUCCAACUCCUCCGCUUUAUCUCCAGCACAUCAACAUUAUCAUAAUCAAUCAUUAAAAGAUGAUAAGGAGAACAGUUGCAUUCAUAAUAGUAAUAAUUCACCAUGUUCCCCUUCACAUUUCAUUAUACUUUCUGCAUUGAAAAAUGAUGGUGAUGAAACGGAUACAUCGUUAAGUAAAACAAUAUUGGAAAGUUUAGAAUUACUAUCUUGUCGUAUAUUGGAAGCGGAAGCCACUGGUAAUCGACUAUUAGCAAGAUUAAAAGAAUUAGAUAAGAUUGCAAGCAAUUUUGUUUUAUUUAUAAUUGAUAAUGUGGAAGAAAAAGAAGGAGUGUUACUGAACAAUUCUAAUGAGAAAGACAAUCAUCAAGCUUCAUUUCUCUGUUGUGAUGUAAAUCGAUUGGUCAGUGCAAAUUUAGUCUCAAACAUUAUUUGUCCAGAUUUGCCAAUAAAAUUAAAUGGAAGUAAUCAACAAAAUGAUGUUAACCUAAAUACCAGUUGCUUAUCUCUAUAUUCUGGAGAGGAAGAUGAAUCAUCUAAUCUUGUUAUGUCUGAUGAAAUUAAUCAUAGUUCUAAUGAAAAAACUGAUGAAUCCAUGCAACAAUAUUUUCUUCCUAUCAAAUUUCCUUCAAAUGUAAAAGAAUGGUCUUUGUUAUUUAAAAAUAUGAUUGAUUUAGCUAGUAUAGAUCUACCAAAAGCAGCUGAUCAAAUUAAUCGUUUGCUACAACUGUACACAGAAAUUGAUAAUGCUGCUUCAUGGAUUAAAGAAGGUCAUCAUUUAUUGAAGACAGUAACACCACCGAAUAAGCUCACUACAAUGAAUUUAGUGGAAUGUCGGUCACGUAUGGAUGAAUUGAUUACAUUUACUUCUUCACGUCAGAGUAGAUUAGAGUUACUUCGAAAUCCUAAACUGUUUCAUUCACGAUUAGUUGGAUUAUUAGACGCUGAUUUGAAGAGUCAUUUAAGUAAAUUAUUAAAACAAGUAGAAGAUCUAGCACAAAAUUGUAAUCUUGCUAUUGCUUCAAUUCGUCAACACAUUUCACGAACAAGUUUCCCAAGAAAUCAUCCCAACUCUAAAUCUUUUAAUAGUAGUACUAAUAGCAGUGGUAGUACUUUGACUAGUCCUGGGACAAAUUCACCCAUUCAAGAAGCUAUUGAAUCAGCAUCAUCAUCUUCAGAAGGUCUUAACAACCACAAUAACAAAGUAUCCAAUUCCAUUCAAGGCUCAAACUCAACUUCAUAUCAGCUAUCACAGUUAGAAUCUCCAACUUCAUUAUCAACUCCAGGUAAACGAUAUCAAUUAGCAUGGAAAGAACUGGUAGAUACAGAAAAAUCUUAUGUGAAUUUUCUACAACAUGUUUAUGAUGUAGUAUGGUUAAAUUCUAUUGAUAAUAAUGACGAACUGGGGACUCGUUCGCAUCCACAGCCAACAUUUAUGCGUGAUAAUCAAAAUCGUCUUUUGUGUAAUUGGCCGGAAUUAUUACGUUUCCACAGAGACAUGUUACUACCGCAUUUAAUAUUAUGUGAUGGAAAUUCAGGAAAAAUUAAAAACUGGGUAUCUCACAUGGUCCCAUAUCUGGUAGACUUAUACACAAUUUAUUGUUCGCUUCAUGAUUGUGCAGUUCAACUCGGUGCUGCCCUUGAAAAAGAUCGCAUUUAUUCUAGCUGGUUAACUGCAUGCAAUGAAGAGGUAUAUCGGAGAGAAAUGUCAAUAACAAAAAUGAAUGAUUCCGAAUCUUCUGUCCCACCUACUGAACUAAAUCGUCCCAUAUUAUUGUUUAGUUCUCGUCUUGUGACACCUGUACAGCGUUUUCAGCGAUAUCAUUUACUAUUGGAUAGACUUGUUCAACAUGAAACAAAUGAACUUGACCGCUGUAACCUACAGUCGGCCCAUAAAGCUAUUUUGGAAUUAUGUGAAACAGUGAAUAUUGCUAUGCAACUUCGUGGUUUAUCGGUUCGUCCAUCUGCAUUGGGUCCAUUUCUAUUGCAAGGAGAUUUUACGAUAUCUCGUGAUGAUGUACGAUUUAUGCCUAGCAAACAACGUCAUGUUUUCUUAUUUACUAAUGCUAUAUUACUCACUAAAUAUCGUACUUCACCCAAUUCAUUUAUACCUGUUUUGAUUAAUCCAAGUACAGUGAUAAAUUCUGCGAUUUCAAAUAUAUCACGAGAUCAUUCCAUUGAUUCGUAUGAAAAAUCUACAAAUACUUAUUCAGCAUACAAUCAGUCUAAUAAUGGAUUAGGUACAACAUCCAAUUUAUUGGCUUUCACUAAAUCACUUACAUCUAGCAGUGGAAACAGUAGUAAUAAUCUUACUUCAACUAAUAUUCCGACUUUUACUUAUCGUCCAUAUUAUGAGAUUAAACAAGAAUUAGAGCUUUCCAAAAUCGGUUUGACUCCUCAUUUCCAUGGGGACCGUCGUCGGUUUGCUAUAUGGACUGCUAAACGCGCAGUCACUUAUAUUUUUCAAUCAUCUGAUCCUGCGAUCAGAGAUGCAUGGGUUAAAGCUAUAAAUGAAUUAUUAAUGGUGCAAUUAAUUCGUGAUCGUUAUAAAGUUCUAAAUAAUACUGAUAUACAGAGUGCAAAAAUAUUAUAUACUGAACAACUCUCUUUCAACUCAAAUAUACCUGAUCGUAGUAAAAGCUUACCAGUUAGUAGCAAAACGUUGCCACAUAAGAAUCUGAAAUCAUUCUUCGUAAAAUCUGUCAGCGUUUAGGUUGGGAGAAUUGUGAUUCAGAAUCAGUUACAAUAAUUCAGAGUUACAUUCACUUUUAUUCUUUCCUUGCUCAUUGCCUUCUCGCCGUGUGAUUAUUUACGAAAUUGAGAAAACUAAAAGCAAAUGUCCAGUGCUUUAACCGGGUUGUUGGAUGUGGAGGAUUUACAUAACGGAGUUGAAAAACUCGGAUUCCAAACCAAUGGUGCACAUGGAUUUCAGGAUCCUGAAGGAAAAAACAACGUAUGAACCAAUUGUUGGUGACCGGCUCCCAUGAAACUGCAUCUCUUUAUGUUGCUUCACUAUUUUGUGGUUUAGACCUCUAGCUUAAAUAGCCGGGGAGUGGCCUCCUAAGAAAUCCACCUGCUUCAGGUUGUGCCCGUGCAGUAUUCCAGUCCUCAUACAAAUAAAUGAUAACUAUAACUGGAGAAAUUUCUUUUGCUUCAACGCUUGUUCUGACAAAUCUCAUCCACAACCAUAUGAUAAAAUUCGUUUUUAUUUCUUUUAUACUACAUCACUUAUGUUGUUCCUUUUAUUGUCAUUUUGCUUAUUUUAUUUUUCGACCUAUAUAGCAGCUCGCCUACGGUGGAAACCCUGUCCUAUCUAAAGCUUCUCAAGUCACUAAAUGGGUGAAAUUUGAAGUUUACCACCGACUACGAAUACUGAAACAAUCAUUCUGAAACCACACAUACCAUUCAAACUGGCCUUCUUCAACUUUCGCACGCUAAUGCAGGUGGGACACCAGAUAGGGCUAACUGUGUCUUUCGAAAGUCUUAACAUCUAUGUCUGUUGUCUAUCUGAGACCCAUAUUCAAGACUAGUAAUGUACUACAAAUUCGCUCUCCAUCUGUCCCUUCGAAAAGCCUGUUUUACAUGUAUUUAUCCGGGUACCCUAUGGCAUUUUCGUCUUGUUUUUCUGGCGUUGGUGUCCCACUAAGCGCUAGGACUAACGCAGCACUGACCUAUUGGAUCCCCAUUAACAGUUGAUUAUUUACUGUCAUAUUAGAAAGCUCUAUCAAAGUGCGAAGAAACCGAUGUGAGGGACGAUGUAUUUUCGUCAUCCCCGCCUUUGCUCCGACGGAUUGCAACCCGGAUGCGAUAAAGUAUGAGUUUACUACCAGUUUACUGUUCUUCUCGAGAAAGUGCCCCCGACAGAUAUUGUAGUACUAGCCGGAGACUUGAAUGCUCAGGUCAGGCGUCUAGGCACAGAACAGAGUCGUUUAGGUGGCCGAUGGCGACUUAUUGGUCGCAGAUGGGGUCUGACAGGAUUCCCCAAUCUCACCAUUCCUCUUCAACUUUGCCAUCGACGACAUUCUGGAAACAGUUCUGAUGGAUGUAAGUAAUGGCAGUGUGGAUCUGUUGUCUGUAGACAAUAUUUCCGACAUUGAGUAUGCGGAUGAUAUUGUCUUACUGUGCGAUAAUGCCCAAGCAAUACAAUCCGCACUUAAUCAGUUGGUAAUCAGUGUCCGUAGGUAUGGUAUGUGCUUUGCACCUUCGACGUGCAAAGCACUUCUACAAGACUGGCAGGAUUCUAAUCCUGUACUCACUCUGGAUGGUGAGCAGAUAGAAGUAGUCGAGAAGUUCGUGUAUCUGGGUAGCUGCAUAAGUGCUGGUGGUGACGUGAGUGAUGAAAUCAAUGCACGUAUAGUGAAAGCCAGAGCGGUUUAUGUCAAUCUGGGCCAUCUUUCGCGCCUUCGUGAUGUUAGUCUGGCUGUAAAUGUUCGGAUCUACAACGCAUCGGUGAGGGCAGUUUUGCCCUAUGCUUGUGAAACCUGGCCUCUCCGAGUUGAGGACGUUAGACGACUCGCUGUGUUUGUUCAUCGUUGCCUGCAACGGACUGCUGACAUCCAAUGGCAACAUCAUUUUAGUAAUGCAUAGUUUUCCUUUAUAUAGAUCUUUAUUCAUCAUAGUUGUUAUUCCACUGUUUUGUUUUCAAUUUGUUUUCUUGUUAUCAGAAAUCAAACUGGAAAAGGAUCAGUUGUAUCAUUACCAUCUGUAGUUAAUCAGAAUUCCAACAAUAAAAUAACAUCAAAUCAAUAACUAGUUGACAAAUGAUUUCUCCAACUGCGCAAAUCUUAAUCUUUCAUUUCUUUUCUUUUCCAUCCAUUUUUAUCAUAUUUUAGUCUCAACUAUUUGUAAAUUUGUAAUUGUUCGUGUACAGUUAGAUUUUUGAUUAAUUAUCACAUCAACUUUUAUUAUUUUUCUGUUUCCGAUCGUAAUUACUAUUUCUCCUUUGUAAAUCCACUUACCUGACUAAUUUCCAUUUGUGUCUUUAAAAAUAUGUGUUCAUAUGUCAUCGUUUCUACUCUCGUUUUCUUUUCUCUCAUUCGUUUUUUAAUCUGUUAUUUAUCUUUUGAUUUCAUUCCACCCAUCCAUCCAUUCGUUCAUUUAUAUAAUCCUCUUUCAAGUAAUUUCAUCACUGAAAUAAUCUCAUUAUUCCUUACUGUUUUUAUAUUAUACCUUCUUUGUUUAUAUGUGUAUUUAUGGGAUAAAUAUGGAAAGUGUUUUCCCAAACAUAUCCCGUUUUUUAAUUAUUAUUAUGAUUGUUCUAUCAUGUUGUAAAUUCUUCCUUUUUUUCUAUUCAAGAGAAAUUUCGUGUUUUCGAAUAAACUUGUUUAUUAUUUUUCGUUCUCUUUAAUAUUUUCGUUUUUUUUCGUAAUAACUUACAUUAUCCAUACCUUAUUAUUCAUCAUAAGUUUUCAUUGUUUCUUUUUUCCUCAGUUGGUUUUAUUUUUUUCUUAUGCUAACAGUUAUAAGUAUAGUUAAUUAAUAAGAGAUUCAAUAAUCAGAUAAAAUGUUGAUCUUUUAUCAAAUUAAAGAAAAUUCUUAUUUCUUGUCAAUUUUUUUCGACUUAUUUUGCCUCCGUUAAUUUUAACAGAUACAAUUUUAUUUUGACUAUUACAAUAAUAUAAUCGUGUUUAUUUAAGUUGGAAAUUUACAUAGAUUAGUGUAUUUCACUAAUUCUAUAUUGUAUAUUUACAUACACAGAGUUUCACUUAGUACACUCAAUCACGUACACAUACAUAUAUUUGUUCUUUUCAGUUGUUUGUAUUCUUCAUCAUUGUAUACACUACUGUUACUGGAUUUUAUCGUCUUUCAGUAAUUCCUUUACAUCAAUCAAUGUAAAAAUUUUGAAACAUAAGUUGUAUAUAUUCGGUUAGAUUUUAUUAUAUAGAUGUAUAAUAAUGAAUGGCUACAAUAAAUAUUUGCUGUUUUCUGCUACUCUACAUUUUGUUUGUCAAACUGCUUUUUCUAUAUUAACUUACUGUUUAUUAAGAACAGGCCAAUUCGACCUCAUGAACUUGGUAAUUAGUAAUGUGCUCUCCCGUAUUUGGUGAUGAAAAUUACUAAUUUGACUGUGAUAAACAGGGUUGAGUGUAUAUACACUGCUGUUGUCCACAUCUCUUUGAUUUUAUGCGAUUUCAUAAUUAAUAUCGUUUUUGUGAGAACAGUUGUUUGUUCUCCAUAAUCUAUUGUGCAUUUCGUUGAUCAUCCUAAUUUCUUUUUUUUAGAUUUCUAUCUUUCGAUGUUUCUAUGUUAACACUUUUUUCUUCAAACAGCGUUACGAUAAUCUUUCUCAGUGUUUUGAUUUUUUUUGUAUUGUAUUCUUCUAAUAGCAGUGUUGUUUUAUUUACAAAAAUUUCUUCAGUUUAUCUUUCGUUAAUUCAAGUUGACAGACAAAAUAAUAGCUUCUUCGGUUUAUUUUUCAGACUAAAGGAAAGAGGAAAUCAAUCUGUUUUGUUUUUUAGGUAUUGUUUAUACCAUUACUAAUUUAACAGCAUAUAGGAUUGCCGAAUAUAUAUAUAUAUUUCUAGAGAAAUAUAUUUUGGUAAUAUU